CCUGGCACGUCGCUCAGUAGACUGCAUUCAAGUUGGGUUGGUGUGCGCCCGCUGUGGUUAUGGGGGUGGGGGGAGAUCUGUGGCCUGGUAUCUCUGCUUACAGGAAAUGAAGAGCUGUCAAAGAAGUGAGGCCUAUGCGAUUAGUGUUAUAGACGGGUGGAGCUUAAACCGCAAAGAUGGCAGCAUCUGUUGGAGAAAGCCAGAUCCAAAGGAUAAUCAGAGACCUGAAGGAUGCAAUUUCAGAAUUAAAUCGAGAACACAAGGAAAAUGGUGAGCCGAUCACUGAUGACAGCACCAACUUACACAAAUGCUGCUUAAAAUUAGAAUACCUCCUUCAGUUUGACCAGAAGGAGAAAACUACUUUUCUUGGCACCAGGAAAGACUACUGGGAUUAUUUCUGUAAUUGUCUGGCCAAGGUGAAAGGAGCUAAUGAUGGAAUUCGCUUUGUGAAGUCUAUCCCAGAGCUGAAAACCUCCCUUGGGAAAGGUCGAGCAUUUAUUCGGUAUUCCUUGGUCCAUCAACGCCUGGCUGAUACAGUUCAACAAUGCUUGAUGAAUGUAAAAGUCACAAGUGACUGGUACUUUGCCCGAAGCCCGUUGCUGAUGUCUCAUCUCAGUUCUGACAUUAUUGAUCAUCUGUACGAGCUGAAUGAAGUGCAGUUUGACUUGGCUUCUAGAGGACAUGAUUUGGACGCUUCUUGGCCAACAUUUGCACGGAGGUCGUUCAGUUUAUCUCAUUCUCCAUCGCAUCUUUGGAAACCACCAAGUAGAUGCUCAAGUGUAAGCAGUUUGGUCAGCAACUAUUCACAAGCUCCAGACUGUUUAUUGGCUUCAGAAAUAAACAACUCCUUGAUCGCAGAGCAGCUGGAAACCCUUGAUGAGUUACGUGCUGAACUCGAUCAGUCUGAUAUAAAGCAGAGGGAGAUGCAAGAGAAGAUCCAGCAGAUUGAACUGGAGAAGGAACUGUUACAGAGGACAAUAGCUUUGAAUGAGCCAACUGCAGAAGCUAGGAAGCAAUCAACUGCUCAUACUGUGGAAGUAAAUCACAAGCUGAAUCAGAUGUUGGACGAGUUAAAUCGGGAUUUUGCAGGUUCUGUUUUUGCGAAAGCUAUUGUUCAGGAAUUUCAAAAAUCUUUGCAGAUAUUUGAAGACAGUUCCAGUGAAAAACAGAAGGAGCUUCAGGGGAAGAUUUUGGAGCUAGAAGACUGUGCAGCAAAGUUUCAGUCAUUAACACAAGAACUGGAAAGGAUCAAGGCUUCUGAGGAGACAAAAGCUGGCAUUGUUAGUGAGCUUCAGACCAAGCUAAUUGCAGCAGAACAGAAGAAUGUAGAGCUGCUCGCACGGUUAGAUGCUAUUCUGACUGAAAAAGGGCAACUAACAGCAACCCACUAUGAUUCAGCACAGAAGAUCCAUGAGCUUCUUGACAAGCUGAAUGACGCUGAGUGGGAGGAAAUUGGGUUGCAGAGAUUAAACAGUAUACAGCAGUCUCAGCUGAACGUGUUAACAAAUGAUUUAGAAUCAAAACAGUCCCUAAUAAAUGAGCUUGAAUUAAAGCUAAAAGAGGCAGCUUCAAAGCUUGAGGAGAAGAAUGCUAUGCUUGCAAAGAAAGAUGAAGAGAUAGAAACUACCCUGAAUAAAUUGAGAGAAAUUAAAAGUGUACAAGAAAUGGACCCUACAGAUCUUGAAUCAGGGCAAAAGUCAGCUCAGGAAUUGAGAAAAGAGCAAGAAGAAAUGCAAAUCAAAUAUGAAGAAUUAAAGGUCACUUUAGAGAAACAAGUAAACAAUCUUUCCAACCAUCUGAAAUCCAAAGAAUUGGAAUUAUCUGCUGCUCAUAACAAGGCACAGAAUCUGCUAGAGACUCAAAAUAAGCUUUUGGGUGAGAAAGAAGAUCUUACAAAAAAAUUGCAAGGUUUAGAGGAAAUACUAGCCAAGUUGAACACUCGGACAGAAGCCCUUAAUGUUGAAUAUCAGAAAUUGCAAGUUGAGAGCGAGAAACGCCAACAGAUUGUGCAGAAACAUGUUGAAAAGGAGGAAGAAUUGGAAAAGAUGUGUUUAACUCUUGAAACUGAGAUAGAUAGACUGAAUGCAUCAGAGAUGCAAUUGCAGAGCCAAAUAGCAGAUGCCAUGGUGACAGUGGAUGAAAAAGAAAGCAAGAUAAGGGAAGAAAACAGGCAGUUGAAUGAGAAACUACAAAAUGCUGUCAGGCAGGUUAAAAGAGCAGAAACAAAGCUGGAAAAGAAUCAGGUGGAAUUUGAUGAUCUGAAAGUAGAAAAAAAUACUUUGAAUGACUGCUUACUAAACCUCCAAGUAAGUUGCCAGGCUAAGGAAGAACUGAUUUCAGACCUGCAGAAUAAGUUGGUCAAAUCAAAGCAGAAUGAAGAUGCACUUGUUUCCCUUCUAGAUAAGAAGGAAGGUGCUUUGCAUGAAAAGGUUAGCUUAUUAAAGGAGUUAUCGGAAAAGAUUGAGGAAAGUCAGAUAGUGAUAGAGGCUUUGGAGAGAGAAAAGUUGACUUUUGAGAGUAACUUUAAGCAGCAAGCGGUGCUUUCAGAAAGCCUCAUGGCUGAGAAAAAUGCAAUAGUUGAAGCUCAACUGCAGGCAAGAGAGCUUCAGGAGAGAGAAAUGCAGGAGAUAAAUGCAAAGUUAGUUACUACUAAAAGUCAGCUUGAAAUUCAGCAGGCUGAAGUAAUGAGUUUACAGGCAGAGAACGAAGAGUUCAAGCUAAAGCUUAAACGUGCUCUUGAGGAAAAGGAAAAUAUAUGCAGUAAUCUAAACCUUGCAAUAUCUUCCAAGGAAGAAUACAGAACCUUAGUUCAAAAUCUAAAAGAACAGGUACAAUCAAUUAAUCAUGAUCAUGCUGAGAAACUCUUGCUGUUUAAAGAAAAAGAAGAUUCCCUUAAAAAAGAAAAGGAGAAAUCAGUGCAGCAGGCAAUUGAGCUUGAGGAACAACUUGUGACUGCUAAAGAAGAAUUGUCCCAGCUGAAACAGUAUAUUGAAAAAAUAGAUGUUGAAAAUAUGGAGACCAAAGAUCUACUCCACAGAACGAACACUGAACUUGCAGAACUUGGCAUGCAGAUUUGUACACUCAGUGCAGAGAAAGCUGACGCUGAGAAGAAAUGCAUUAUGGUUUCUCAACAACAAACAGCGUUUUGUGAGGAAUUCAAAGCAGAACAAAACCAACUAAAUCUUAACGUUACCGAACUCAAGAGUGAGAAUGAACAGCUGCUGCAGGAGUUAAGGAGGUCCAAAGAGUCAGAAGCAACUAUUAUAGAAUUGCAGAGAAAGCUAGCGCAAGCACAACAGCAAGCGAAGAGCUGCCAGGAAGCUGCAACAGAGGAGUUGUCAGCAGUCAAAUUUCAGAUGAGUGGAGAGAUGUUGGAUUAUCAGAAUAAAUUACAGACUGUUAGUGAAGAAUUGGAGGCUGUGAAAAAGGAUCUUACUGAGCGACAAAGCCAAAUAACUUCAAUGGAUAAACAACUCCUCGAAGUUCAGGAUCACAAUUGCAAAUUAAUGGAGGAAGUGGAACGAAAAGCACAGACAGUUGUGGAUUCACAGUUAUUGAGAAAUGAAAAGGAGGAGAAGCUAAAGUCCCUUUCAGAAGACUUGAUGAGUACUCAGCAGGAAUUGGAAGAUGUAAAAAAGGAGCUUGAAGAUUAUAAACAACACCUCGAGAGGACACAAGAAGAGACUGAGAGAAAUGAACAAAAACUUGUGGCUGAAUUAGCUGACUUGAACAGAACAAAAGAGUUUUUGGAAGAGCGCUUAAUCGAACUUAUUAAAGAUAAGGAUGCCCUGUGGCAAAAGACUGAUGCAUUGGAAUUUGAACAAAAACUCCGUGCAGAAACUCGGUGGCUUGGGGACAAGGAGGUUAACCACUGCCUGGAUUGCCAAAGCCAGUUUACAUGGUGGUUACGUCGGCAUCACUGCAGGCUCUGUGGGCGUAUCUUCUGCUACUACUGCAGCAAUAAUUUUGUAAUGACAAAACACAGUGGUAAAAGAGAGCGAUGCUGCAGAGCCUGCUACACAGAACAUAGUGCUGUGGUUCAAAGAUUGAAUGAUCCUGGAUCUUCCAGUACUCCAAACAGCCCUGAGGAAUCACCCUCACGCUCCGCUUCUGAAGGACCAACUAGCAGAAACACAGAAAGCUUCGCCAAACCAGACGAUGCAACUUUUGACAUCAUUACAGAUGAAGAGUUGAAUGACAUUGAUGAUAACGAUUGUUCUUCAGAAUUAGGAAACCAGCUUCUCGUUCAUUCCCUAAGUUCCACAUGUGAUAAUGCAUCAAUUGAGGGACCAAGUCUUCCACCUGAGGAUGGAUCUGCACAACCUAUGCAGGAUGCAGAGAUUACUUUGUUAAAGUGUGGAGAAAUUACGCUCAAGAUACCCCUCAAGGUAGAUGAGAUUAGGGAGUUUGGAGACCACAAUAGAGAGCUUUUUGUUAAGGCCAGCUGCUAUAGUCUCAUCCCUAUUGGUGUUGAAGAGUGUGGUCUGACCAUUAGCUGGAUCUUUUCUUCUGAUCCAAAGAGCAUCUCAUUCAGCGUUGUUUAUCAAGAAUCUGAAGAAACACCGUAUGAACAGUGCAAGGUUUUAAUUCCUCUAACUCGUUGCAAUUCCCACAAGGAAACCAUACGAGGACAGCUGAAGGUUAGGAAUCCGGGGCUGUAUUUGCUGAUUUUUGAUAACUCUUUUUCCAGGUUUACCUCAAAGAAGGUGCUUUAUCACUUAACUGUUGAGAAACCAAUAAUCUACGAUGGAAGCGAUGUUUCUGAACUCUGAAAUGUGCUUGCAUAUAAUUUUGAACGAUUCAAGAUUAUCCAGGACUGCUUGGGGAAUUAUUUUCCAAGGUUUGAAAACUAUGCAAACAAGCUUUAUGUAGGAGUGUACACAGUAACUUUUCUAUUAUAGUGUUGCAACUCACAAAUUGUGUAUCUGGGGGCAGUCAGGAUGAAGCAGUGUUUCUGUUGUGGGUGAGCAUGGAGCCUCUAUCUUGCAAUAGGAAUGACAGUUGCACUGUACAUUUUGUUUAUAUAAGGUGCUGAUAUAGUAUUUUUCCUGCUGGGGAACCCACUCUUACUGUAAUCUUCUUGUCAUCACUUUUACCACACUCCAGCUGCAGCUCAUCAUGAAGUUACAAACUGUCACAUGAGCAGAAAGCUCCAGUGAUGACGUUAUGGCGCGGGGAGGGGUUAAGUUGGCUGAUGUUCUCUCAUUCCCAGUAAUUCAUUGGAGCAUGUGGCCCACAGCGAUGCCUGCGUGGUGAUGACUUACUGAGUAUGUGUUGUUUAGAACACAGGACAGUGUGGUCAGGAUGUUUAACAAGGAAAACUUAUGUAUAUUAAAUGUCACAAGUAUUUUGAUUAGAGAUAGGUAUAUUUUGAAAUGUUUGUAUGCCUGGAGCUGAAUGGGCACACGUAUAGAUUUUUAAUGUAACAGCUUUGUAGCAUGCUCAUUUUAAUAGUGCAAUAUCUAAAACAAACUAGGCAAGGUAAUUUGAAUUCUUUUCAAGUUACACUGCACUUCUACUUUGUUUGAAAAUUUACUCAUUCAGCAGAGCCAAUUAAUUGAGGAAAUCAACGCAUAUUUUUCUGCCAAGACCAACAUUUCUGAUUUGGUGUUUUUUGACUUAUUUCUUUCCAUGGAAGCUUACUUUUACUUAAUCAUUUAUACCAAAAUAAUCUUAUUUAAGAUCAAAAACACAAGUUAAAAUGUUCUUUCCUUGGGUUAUCAGUUGGAUCUUCAGAAGUGAGGUUUGUUAUCACAGAAUUCACACGACAAAAAUCCUAUAGCACAAACCAUUAUUUAAACUAAAUCAGAAAUAGGAUGAUCUGCAUUGGUCCAGAUUUCUGUAUUCAUUCUCUUGUCUCUACACCAUCGCUGUGAGCCUAUUCCAAAAAGACUGGGUCAGCAGUGCACUGGUUAUGUGACUGGACUAGUUAUCUUGAGAAGUAAUAGUGUAGAAAAUGUGAGUCAAAAAAUCCAUCCUGACAGUUUCAUGGACCUGAAAAAUCUGUAAGUGAAAAUAAAAAAAUGUUAGAAGCAAUAAAUGCUGUCCGAUUGUCUUAGAACACUAAAUGGUUCACUGUAAGGAAGCAGGAAGAACUUGUCAUCUCUAUGCAAUUUAGUCAUUACAUAACUUCAGUCCUGGAGUCGACUCUUAACUGCCCAGUCAGUUGUAACGAAGAACGGUGAAAAAUAAACUCCCUUUUGAAGCUUGUGGUGUUUCUUCACCACGCGAGAUGCAGCAGUGCAUGACGACAGCCCCUCGCUGCGCUUUCAGGGUCAACUAAGUAGAGAAAGUAAAUAAACAUUUUUUUCAGUGAUGCCCAAGCCCUGGAAAUGAAUUAGAAAAUUAUCGCCCAAGUGAAAAUAAUUUUAGGGCAGUUUAUCUGGUACAAUUACUGUUGUAGUCUUCAUUUGUUAAAGUGUAAAAGGCCUCAAAUAUUCCUCUCCCUUUUUCAUUGCCCCCUCGUUCCUUUCAUUGCCAAUGCCAAAGAGUGUCUGUUCUUACUCUCCCACAGAUCUACCAGAUGAUUAGUUCCAUCCAGUACUUUCUCUGCUGAUCCCACCUCCACUGCUUUCUCAGGCAGAGGGUUUCAAAGUUGCACAGCACUCAUCUUGGCCCUAAAAAAGUGAUCCAUUAAUUUUUAAACAGUGUCCCCUAGUUCUGGACUAACCCACAAGAGGAAAUAUCUUUCCAUGUCCACCUUGAAAAACUGUUCAGUAUCUUGUACACUUCAGCCCACCCCUUACUUUUCUAACCUCCAGUAGAAACAAGCCACUUGGCCCAACAUGUCUUCGUAAGACCACCCACUCCUUACCAAUCCACUAAACCUCCUCUGAACUGCCUUAAAGCCAUGCUUUAACUAAGCAAACCAAAACCGUGCACAGUAUUUGAAAUGUGGUCUCGUCAAUGCCUCGUGUUUUAAGGCAGUUAAGUGGCUGUCGUUGAGCAUCCACCAUGAUUUUUCAAAUUACUUCGGGGAAUACGUGCAUCACUGACUAGGUCAGCAUUUAUUGCUAUCCCAAAUUUUGCUGAGCAAGCUCUAGUAAGCUGGCUUGCCUUCCUGUACUGUUGCAGGUAGGCAUAUCCGCAGAACAAUAGACAUGGACCUCUGGGAUUUUGACCCGGUAACAGGGAAGGGUCAGCAAUAUAGUUGCAAAUUAGGAUGGUUUUUUUUGUGGCUUGGAGGGGAGCUUGCUACUAUUGAUGUGCCCAUCUGAUUGCAGCCCUUGUUCUUGUAAGUAGUAAAGGUCUCAGAUUUAGAAGGCGAUGACUGUGAGGAGCCUUGGGUGAGUAGUGCAUUUAGUCUUAUACACACUGCUACCACUUUUCAGUGGUGGAGCAAGUGAGUAUUGAAGGUAUUAGAGAGAGUUGCCUUCUCCAGGAUGGUGUUGGGCUUCUUGAGUGUUGAUGGAGCUGCAGUUGUCCAGGCAAGUAGAGAGUAUUCCAUCACACUGUUGACUUAUGCCUUGUGGACAGCCUUCAAUGAAUCAGGAGGUAAUUCAUUGUCACAGAAUUCCCAGCCUCUGACAUACUCUUUUAGCCAUAGAAGUUUUAUAGCCAGUUCACUUCAGUUUUAAUCAGUGGUGACUCCCCCAAUCGCCCAUGCUGUUUACCGUAGGGGAUUCAUCGAUGAUAAUGCUGUUUAAUGUCAAGGGGUGAUAGUUGAAUUCUCUCUUGAUGAUCAUUGCCUGGCACCUGUCUGGCACAAAUGUUACUUGCCACUUAUCAAUCUAAGCCUGAAUGUUGUCCAGAUCUUGCUGCAUUUAGACAUGCAUUGCCUUGGUAUCUGAGGGGUCACAAAUGGUGCAGGAUGUUGUGCAAUCAUCAAUAACCAUUCGCACUUCUGACUUUAUGACAGAGGGAAGGUCAUUUUAUUCACUUAUUGGUAUCGCUUUUUUAAAUUUAUUCACAGGAUGAGGGCAUCGCAGGCUAGGCCAGCAUUUAUUGCCCACCCAUAAUUGCCCAAUGGGUAGUUAAGAAUUAACCACCUUGCUGUGGGUGUGGAGUCACAUGUAGACCAGACCAGGUAAGGAUGGCAGUUUCCCUCCCUGAAGGACAUUAGUGAACCAAAUGUUUUUUAUCCGACAUUCGGCAAUAGAUUCAUGGUCAUCAUUAGGCUCUGAAUUCCAGACUUUUAUUGAAUUCAAAUUCCAUCAUCUGCCAUGGUGGGCCCGAGAACAUUACCUGGGUUUCUGGAUUAUGGCCCAGCGAUAAUACCACUAAGCCAUUGGCCCAGCAUUUAUUGCCCAUCCCUAGUUGCCCUUGAGAAGAUGGUGGUGAGCCGCUUGAACCAUCCUGGUACACCCACAAUGCUUUAGGGAGGGAUUUCCAGGAUAUUUACCCAGGGACACUGAAUGAACAGCGAUAAAUUUCCAAGUCAGGAUGGUGAGUGGCUGGGAGGGGAGCUUGCUGUUGGUGGUGAAUCCAUGUAUCUGCUGCCCUUGUCCUUCCGGAUCAAAGUGAUCGUGGGCUUGGAGGGUGCUGCUGUAGGAUCUUUGGAGAAUUUCUGCAGUGCAGAAGUAUCUGAAGACAGUUAGGUUUCGGAGCCACCCUUCAGGAACUCCUGCAGAAAUGUCCUGGAGCCGAGAUGACUGAUCUCAAACAACCACGACAGUCUUCUUUUCUUCUAAAUAUUACUUCAUUCUGAAAAAGGUUCCCCCUUUAAUUCCCAGAAACCAGUUUUGUUUGGGCUCCUUGAUGCCACAUUUGGUCAAAUGCUGUCUUAAUGUCAAGGGCAGUCACCUCUUGAGUGUUAGAGCAGGGAUUGAGCCUCAGUAGGCCAAUCAGCCUCUUCCACCAUUCAGUAUGAUCAUGACUGAUCACCCAACUCAGCACCCAGUUCUGACUUUCUCCCUAAACCUUUGACCCCUUUUACCCUCAGAAUAUUAUCUCACUCCCUUUUUGAAAACCUUUCAUGUUUUGGUCUCAACUCCCCACCACCCACUCAAUAUCGAUGAGGAAUCUCCCCACUCUCAAUAAGACUUCCUGGGUACCCUUUCACAGGGACAUGGUUAAGUUUCCAUUAAGUCAAUGAGGCACCACUGGAAUGGGUCGGCCUUAGGUAUUGUGGCUGUCAAUUGACUGAUGAGUGAGUCCACUUGAUAUCCCACUGGCAGCAGCCAGGAAUCCCAUGUCAGCAUCUUCCAAUUCCAACUUAAUCAGGGAAGUUUGCCACUGCUUGGAUACCGACUCAGCAUCUCUCCCACCGUGACAGUCUGCAUUAAAUCUUUGUCGCUCGAUAAUUAAUCAGCAAACGUUUAACUGAAAGAAAAAGAACAGAGUGUGCAAAAUAAUAUUUACUGACCCAUGCAGAUUCAAACAACAAAACAGGCCGUUCUAAGCCUAGAAUCUUUUCAGUCUCUUUGCACUCACUGUCUGUAUUGAUUAAAAGAACUCUAAUAUUUGUAUUUUUGUGUGACUUUAAUCACUGCCAAUGAAUUUGAAAUUCAGUUUAUAAAUUAUUUUUUAAGAACUGAAAUGGUUUUACAUUUACUUCUUUAAGCUGGGUUUUGGAGUUUCAUGCUUGGCGAUGAAUAAUGUAACGGGCACUUGGUUCAAUGUAUUGAAGUUCGAAUUUAGAGUUUUU